AUGAUCCGAACACCCAGGUCGGUGACUUUUAAAAAGACCUACAAUGACAACAACUCAUCGCCCACUGAACUGCCCAGUGAUAGUUCCCCAAUAGAUUCCCCCGUUGAAAUACCGCCGGAAGAAAGAUGUACUACCCCCAACACGAGGUAUAUAGAAAACAAUAGACAUAGAUAUAUACAAUACCUUCCAAGAACACCCUACCUUAAGGAGGAUCAACGAAUGAAGAUCCUGACGGAUGACGACAGGGAUGAACUCUGCAGUCGCAUCCGAAACCUCCUACACCUCAUCAGCGAAGAGGUGGAACAAGCUUUAAGGCUUAAGAGGACUACCAAAGAUUCCAUCAAGGAAAAAAUACAAGAGGUGGAUGGCCUGGCGUGUGAUCUGGCGAUAUACCAGGAGACAAAAAAUCUCACGCCGGGUCAGCGCCCUUGUGCGCGCACGCAAACCUCCCCAAUCCUUCAAGAGGAGACAAGAAAAAUGGAGGACUUCUUGAAGCCGCUGAUGGAGAGACUCGAGGAGAACUCCAGGGAAAUAAGAGAAAUGAAAAACCUGAUGGACCACCGGAGUCAAGAAAACAUACCCGUAAAAAAUCCGCAUACAUAUGCACAGAUCGCAGCCUCUUCUCAGGAAAAGCCCAUCACCCUCCAUUCCGUUAUUGUCGACGACAAGACAGGAAUGGAAACGGGUGAUGUGGUUAUGGAGCGGAUAAGGGAAGUGGCAGGAGAGGGCGGAGAUUGGGUGAAGAUAGAAAGGAUUUUGGAGAAGAUGCUGGUGGCGAGGAUUCGCUGGCACGUCCUCCCCGGCAUGAGCCGCCGUCAGUACGGCUUCAUGCCGCAGCGCUGUACCGAGGACUCCCUCUAUGUCCUGGUGGAUCACAUCAGGCAGAGGAUUAAAGAUAAAAAACUCGUCCUGAUGGUAUCCUUGGAUAUAGAGGGAGCCUUCGAUAACGCGUGGUGGCCGGCCAUUAAGUGCAGACUGGCGGAGACGCAGUGCCCUCCUAAUCUACGCCGAAUGGUUGAUAGUUAUUUGGGGAAUAGGAGGGUUCGCGUUAGAUAUGCCGGAGCGGAGAGUGUCAGCGAAACCUCGAAGGGAUGUGUCCAAGGGUCAAUAGGGGGCCCGACCUUCUGGAAUUUGCUUCUGGACCCGCUGCUCGUGGGGCUGGAUGGCCGGGGCGACUACUGUCAAGCGUUCGCUGACGACGUGGUCCUCGUAUUCUCCGGGGACACGGCCCAGGAAGUCCAGGGACGUGCCAAUGGAGCCCUCGAAUAUGUUCGGAGGUGGGGAGUCGAAAAUAAGUUGAGGUUUGCACCAUUGAAAACAAAGGCAAUGGUGCUGACCAAUAAACUUAAAUACGACACCCCAAUUCUGAGCAUGGGCGGGGUAUCCAUUGAAAUGUCCCAGGAAAUCAAAAUCCUUGGCCUCACCUUGGACAGCAAGCUCACGUUUAACGCCCAUGUGGCGAACAUAUGCCGAAAGGCGUUAAACUUAUAUAAGCAGCUGUCCAGGGCGGCCAGGAUUGGCUGGGGCUUGAACUCGGAGGUGGUAAGGACCAUAUACGUGGCGGUGGUCGAGCCGGUCAUUAUGUACGCAUCUAGCGUGUGGGCAGCGGCCACGCACAAGCUGGGGGUGCAGAAGCAACUAAACGUGGUGCAGCGAGGCUUCGCACAGAAGAUCGUCAGAGCGUAUCGCACCGUCUCUCUGAACGCGGCGCUGCUACUCGCCGGACUGCUUCCCCUGGACAUGAGGAUCAGGGAGGCAGCCCUUCUUUACGAAGUGAAGAAGGGUAUAUCUCGGCGAGUGGUAGGAGACCGGGAGAUAGAGAGGCCCGUCGAUUUUCUGGAAGCGCCUCACCCGGCCGGAAGAUUGGGACUCAAAUUUUCGUGCCUGGAAGACCGUGCGCAGGUUGACGAGCAGCAGCACGCGCAGCUCCACAUCUACACGGAUGGGAGCAAGCACGAUGGGAAAGUCGGCGCGGCGCUGACCGUAUGGGAAGGCGCUGCGGAGACCAGUACCAAGAAACUGAAGCUCGACAACAUGUGCACGGUGUAUCAGGCCGAACUGUUGGCCCUUUCUGUGGCGACCGAGCGGGCCCUUCGGAGCUCAGCGCUUAGCUGCAAUAUAUAUUGUGACUCCAGGUCGGCUCUCGAAACUGUCUCUGACAGCAGUUCCCUGCACAACCUGGCGUUAACUGCGAGAGCCAACAUAAAAGAGGUCAUGAUGUUGGGCAAAAUAAUAAACUUAUUUUGGAUUAAGGCUCACGCCGGGCUGGAGGGGAACGAAAGGGCUGACGACCUGGCCAAGAGCGCUGCGCUCGGCAGGGUUCGACCCCACUACGACAGAUGUCCGGUCUCGUUCGUCAAGCGGCAGAUCCGGAUGGAUACGAUUGACGAAUGGAACCGACGCUACGUGGAGGGGGAUACGGCAUCCACCACAAAGCUAUUCUUUCCCGACGCAGGAGAGGCGUAUCAAAUAUUAAGGAAGAUUGCGUUGACCCCCGUGCUUGUGCAGGUGUUCACGGGACACGGCGGGUUCUCGCAAUAUUUGAACAGGUUCAAAUGCAAGGAGAGCCCUACCUGUGCCUGUGACCCUGCAAACGAGGAGAGUAUCGACCAUGUCCUUACCGAAUGCGCUGUAUAUGAUAAAGACAGGAAUGACCUGGAGAUUGAAAUAGGAGAAAAAUCUGCUUCGAGCCGUCGUGGAGUGCAGACGUGCUCCGACGCGCUCCGCAAAUAA